AUGCCUUCUUCAUCAAAUUCAUUUUCACCGUUCUCAGUCAACCUUAUACGUAAUUGUAUACCAUCAUUGCAUUUAUUUUCUACUUCUUCACGACAACCUACAACUGUAACACCUACUAAAUGGCCUGCAGACCUUAUAGAAGCAGUAUGUAUUGAAGCUUUUGGUCUCACCGCCCAGACUGAACGCGUAGGAAAAUGGACAAAUAUAAAUGGUAUUGAAUCAAAGUAA